AUGGCCGAGCCAAUAAAGCCUGCACUGGUGCAGAAGGGCGCGGUUAAGGAUCCCUCGCAAAAGAAGAGGGUUCAGCUGCAAGCUCCUCUCAAGCCAGAAGAGGAGGAAGAGGCAGAUAUCCCAUUGGUCGUGACGGACAUCGAAUCUCACUCUCAAGAGAUAAAAGCUUUGUCGAAAGAAAUAAAGGAACCUCAGAAGCCGCUAACUGUGGUGACCACCAGUCAUUCGACGGCUUCAAGCCCAGAGAACAAGACCCUGCAAGAGCAGGUUGAACAGCUGGAAACUGGCCUAGCGCGGUGUGUAGCAGACUUCCGUGCUCAAGCAGAAGAGGUGCUGAUGCAGCAUCUUGAUAACCUUGAGGAGGUGCAGUUGGCCCAUGAGUUCGAGGUGGCCAACUUGAUGGCAGAAAACAUGCUGCUCCGCGAAAAACUAGGUCUGAAGUCGACGGAGCAGGUCCGGGACGUCAUGUUCCAGAACAUCGUCCCGGAGCCUAAGAAGAAGCCGCGACGCGGGCAGAGGAAUCAGUUCCAGGAUGAUGAAGACUCUGGACCACAAUCCUUCAAGCAGAGGCAGGAUGACAAAGGCUUCCCUCCGCCUGCCGGUCACCAGCAGCAAGGUCGAAACAACAGAAAGGGUGGCAAGAAUCAGCCGCCUGGUGGAAGCUGGCAAGCCUUCAUGGCAUGGGUUCCGAAUGGAUCUGCAAUGCAGAACGCAGAGCCAUGGAAGCCUCUGCCGCAGCCCGACAUCGCACAGGCGCAGUCUCCCCAGGCUCAAGGCAAGUCGAAGAAAGAAUCGAAGAAGAAUGCAACGGGGUCAGAAGCGUUGUCCGUCAUCCCUGGCGUCCCAUCGGAAGACAAGCCGCGGAAGGACGACGAUGACGACUCAGAUAGUGAUAGUGGCCGAAGUAAUCUUGCUGGGGAAGAGCAGUUCGAGAUGCUCGAGGUGUGGCGGGCCUCUUCCAAGCAGAUGAAAAAGUUUAAGCGGGGUAGCCACGGGGAAACCGAGAGCUCGGUCCCAUUCCGUGAGGAAGAAGACGACUAUCAGGAACAGCCCCCGCAUGGCUGGAUCCUGAACCCAGAUUCGAAUAUACGUAUUUCCUGGGAUUUGGGGAGUUUAGUCAUGGUGCUCUACGACAUGAUCAUGAUCCCGAUGCAGGCUUACACUCUUCCAGAGAAUGGCUUCCUUGACUUUAUGGAAUGGUCGACAAGAUUGUUUUGGACCUUUGACAUCUUCUUUUCAUGCAUAACCGGUGUGGUUAUGACUGAUGGCUCCGUGGAAUAUAACUUGAAAAUAAUUUUGAAACGCUAUGCCAAAACAUGGCUGGCUUUGGACUUGUUGAUCGUUGUGUCUGAUUGGGCCGAAGUGAUAUUUUCAAGCGGAAGCAUGGCUAUGAUCAACUUGGCUCGCAGCACGCGAAUCAUUCGCAUUGUAAGACUGCUUCGGCUGGUCCGAAUGCAGGAAAUCAUGGCCAAUGUCACUGAACGUAUCCAAUCAGAGACACUCGGGCCGAUGGUGCAAGUCGGCAAGGUCACAAUUGUGCUGCUAACAAUCUCUCACUUCACGGCGUGCCUUUGGUUCAGUGUUGGAAACCGUUCUACAGCUGAGCCCACCUGGGUGAAAGUUGAGAAUUAUGAGACAGUUGGUGUAGAUGCCCAGUACUUGGCAUCUUUGCAUUGGGCGCUGUCACAGUUUUCAGGUGGUAUGGAUGAGAUUACACCUGCAUCUUCUUUGGAACGUCUUUUCGCAGUGGGCAUAGGCACCAUCAUAUUUGUGAUUGCCUUGGUGAUGAUGGGCGUGUUCACGAGUGGUUUAACCCAGCAGUACAUUAUUGGGGGCUCUGGAGCCCGGCAGCUGGCCACGUUAAAGAGAUAUUUGAAGCAGAACAAUGUCUCCAAAGUCAUCACAAAGCGUGUCUGCCGAAAUGCUAAGCACGCCAUUUCUGGCGACUUGACUCCCGAGUCAGUGGAGCUGCUGCAAGUCAUUUCUGAACCGCUGAAGGUUGAGCUGGCCUUUGACAUGUACUCUCAAGUUCUCAUGUGGCAGCCCUUCUUCCUCGAGCUGCUUUCAGAGAACUCCCCAAUUAUGAAGCCAAUUUGCCAUCGGGCCAUGUCCAUGCUGCUGCUGUCCAGUACUGACAUCAUUUUCAAUCUGGGUGAGGAGCCAGCGGAACCCAAGAUGUACAUCGUAGUGUCAGGUAAUUUGGAGUACACAGACUCCUACGGAGAAGUGGCUCCAGUUGGUGAAAAGCGUUACUUAGCGGAAGCUGUUCUUUGGACUCACUGGAAACAUCGUGGAACCCUGACAGCGGUCAGCGAUGCAAAGCUGGCCAUGCUGGAUGCACAGGGCUUCCGUGACAUUUGUCAGAGGUUUAUGAGAAGAAGCGAGGCGGCUUUGAGGAUUGUGCGGUAUGCCUCGGACUUUGUAGAUGAGCUGAAUAAGCAAGAGUUCAAGUCAGACUUGGGCAAAUGA